AUGUCGCUGAUGGAGGCGGAGCAGAGGGCGCUUCAAGACGAUAACGAUGAGCUGAGGAAAGACCUCGCAGAUAUAAUCCACAAUCAGACCUUGUCCAACCAGCUCCAGCACGAGAAAGCUCUCAACCACGUCAGUUUCCACGUUCAGCUGUCACGUGAUGUCACAGUGUUCAGUUCCCGUCCGCUUGUUUUUGACCGGAUUGUCAACAACAAAGGGAGCGCAUACAGCACAUACACCGGCCGCUUCACCGCCCCCCUAAGCGGGACCUACUUUUUUGCCGCCACGUGCGCUCCAACGAACUCCACCUUGACCUGUUACAUCCAGGCGGCAGUGACACGCGUUUGUGUGAUGAGAGCUCACUAUGGGAGACUUUCCAGUGACAGUAUUUAUCAUCAGUGGGGAGCCACAUGUCACGCUUCGCUGCAUCUCACUCGAGGAGCUGAAGUGUGGGUGGGAGUUGAGACAACGGCCUCUUUCAACGGCUCUUACACCAGCUUCAGCGGCUUCUCUGUCGACCUCGACUGA